ACCGACUACUGUGAGAGAGGCCGCCGGAGAUUUUUUUUAUAGCCGCUUCCUCCCGCCGCCGUCAAUCUCUCACAGAAACCAUGAUCAUUACAGAGAAGAACCGCCGAGAGAUCUCCAAGUAUCUCUUCCAAGAAGGUGUUUGCUAUGCCAAGAAAGACUUCAACUUGGCCAAACACCCAGAAAUCGAUGUCCCGAACCUUCAGGUAAUAAAGCUGAUGCAGAGCUUCAAGUCCAAAGAGUACGUUCGUGAGACUUUUGCUUGGAUGCAUUACUACUGGUAUUUAACCAAUGAUGGCAUCGAGUUCCUCAGAACUUACCUCAAUUUGCCUUCUGAAAUUGUCCCCAAUACUUUGAAGAAAUCCGCUAGGCCCCCCGGUCGCCCCAUGGGUGGUCCACCAGGCGAUCGUCCCCGUGGGCCGUCGCGAUUUGAAGGAGACAGGCCGAGGUUUGGUGAUCGGGAUGGAUACCGUGGAGGUCUUCGAGGAGGGCCGCUGGGUGAGUUUGGUGACAAAGGUGGAGCUCCUGCUGACUACCAGCCUGCUUUUAGGGGUGGUGGAAGGGGUGGAUUUGGUCGUGGAGCUGGUGGCUAUGGUGCAGGGCCAACUAGCUCAGAUCUUCCCUGA